UUUACUUGGCUGACUGCCUAUCUUCUCAAAUUGGAUAUUGGUUUUUGGUUUCCUGAUUGAGGUGCAGUCAAAAUAUUACAGAUCAGCGUGCAGCUGUUAUCUCACAUAUACUGCAUCUGCACAUCCCCUGUACACUGAAAACUGAGCUACAGAAUGGAAAAUCAAGGUGUGGUCAAGCAGGAGGUGUGUUUAGAGUCUGACAUUAAGGAUGGAGAGAUGCGUGAAGUAGAAGUCGGUGGCCAGAAGGUGCUUCUGCUAAAGAGUGAAGGGGAAUACAGUGCAAUUGGACACCUGUGCACCCAUUAUGGCGCACCCCUAAUCAAAGGGACUUUAUCAGGAAGCCGAGUGCGCUGCCCCUGGCAUGGUGCCUGUUUCAAUAUCAAAACUGGGGACAUUGAGGAAUAUCCAGGUCUGGACAGCUUGCCAUGCUUUAAGGUCACAGUUGAGAAUAGCAAGAUUUACAUCACAGCAGACAGGAAGUUUCUGGAGUCAGGCAAGAGAGUGAAAUUGAUGGCACAGCGACAAGCUGAGGAUCCCCACAUUCUUUUGAUCAUUGGAGGGGGUCCUGCUGCACUGGUUUGUGCAGAGACUCUUCGGCAGGAAAGCUGUAAGGGGAGAAUCAUCAUGGCAACACAAGAGGAACUGCCACCCUAUGACAGAACAAAGCUCAGCAAGGCAAUGGAUGCAAAUGCAGAGAGCCUUUUGCUAAGGCAAAUGGAUUUCUACCUGCAGUAUGACAUUGAAGUGUGGACAAACAAAGAGGCUGUGUCUGUGAAUACGGAUGCAAAAGAGGUCACUUUUCAGGAUGGGACAGUUCAGCAUUAUGACCAACUGUUGAUUGCUACUGGCUGCAGACCCAGGAAGCUGAAAUGUCCUGGAUCUGACCUGGGUAAUGUGAGACUGCUGAGAACACCUAGUGAUGCCAGUGCUAUUUUCCAGGCAGCAGUGGGGAAAAAUGUGGUGGUGCUUGGUACUUCCUUCAUAGGAAUGGAGAUGGCAUCAUAUCUGUCUGAGAAAGCCUCCAGUGUGUCUGUGGUUGGGAGCAGCAGAGCCCCCUUUCUGAAUACCUUUGGCAAGGAGGUUGGCCAGCUGGCCAGGAAGAUGCUGGAAAGCAAGGGUGUGAAGUUCUAUUUGCAGGAUGGUGUUAAAGAACUGAAAGGUGACAAUGGCCAGGUGACACAUGUUGUACUGAAGAGUGGAACUGUUCUGCCAGCAGAUGUGUUUGUGGCAGGAAUAGGUGUCCUGCCAAAUUCUGGCUUCCUGGAAAGCAGCUCUAUAGCACUGGAUUCAAACAAAUUUGUCAUUGUAAACAAGUUCAUGCAGACCAAUAUCCCAGAUGUUUUUGCUGCAGGAGAUAUAACUUCUUUUCCUCUGUUCCUGGCAAGAAACAAACGGGUCAGUAUUGGCCACUGGCAGAUUGCCCAAGCCCAAGGGAGAAUUGCUGCCCUAAAUAUGCUGAAAAAAGAUGUGCAGAUAAACUCUGUUCCCUUUUUCUGGUCAGCACUGGCAGGGAAAAGCUUUCGCUAUACAGGCUAUGGAGAAGGCUAUACUGAGGUUGUCUUCAAAGGCAGUAUAGAAGAAAUGAAAUUUCUAGCUUUUUACAUCAAGGAGGAUGCUGUUGUUGCUGUGGCUAGCCUUAACUUUGACCCUGCUGUGUCCCGAGUGGCAGAAAUCUUGUCUUCUGGUGAAACCAUCUCCAAAGAAAAAGCCCUGUCUGAAGACUUGAGCUGGCUCAAGCUCCCUUGAUGUGAUGUCCAGCUAUCCCCCAUAUCCGCAGUGAACAGCUCACAUGCAUCAUUUGGAUUAUUCACUUGUUUAUCUCUGUAGUAUCUGUAUUGGUAGCAUUUGCAUUAUCAAGUUUACUUUUACUUUUUUCAAACUAUAUAAACCUUAAAACAUGCCUUCCCAAAAGACAAUACUCUGAACAAUGAAUUGCUUAGUUAGGAAUGAAAAGGUGCCAAUGUUGCGCACCUACGUAGACUCAAAUCUAUGUCUAGUAUGAAAAAUUAUUACAAAAAUCUUACUGAACUGAGGUAAUUUGCACUGGAUUUCUUAUUUUUACUGAUCGCACAUUUAGUCACCAGCAUUAUCAGAUUGUGGUUAUAUACAGCUUGAUAAUAAUUACCUGCUGUCAGUCUACAGGUUACUGUUUUAACAAUAGAAUUAAAAAUCAAGAAACAUGUAGGUAGAAACAAAGUAGAAUAUAGGUUUACCAAACUAGAAGAGCAGCUGAGAUCACAAGGACAGAUGAAAAAUUCCUGCAUCUGUUAGGUUCAGAGUAGUUCCUUGUUGUCAUUUUACUUAAUAAUUAAAAACUAAGAUAAUACAAAAACUAAAAGUAGCAAAGUAAAAGUUUAAUAUCAGACCUUAGCUUAUCUCAGUGUUUACAAAAUGAUGCCUUAAAUAAUUGUUUUAUUCUGCAGAUAGAAUAUAAUCUUCUAAAACGGGUAAAAUUGUGCCCAAAAGGGUAGCAUUAUCACCUCACUGCAUGCAAGCCCCUGGGUAUAAGAUUUGUAAUAGAAUCUAAUUUCCUUACAAAUUCCAAAGGAAAUGGUAUUUAAUACAACUGUUGGUAGAUUUGGUUGAUAUUGUUUAAUAUAUUGUGCUUUUUUGUUUAUUUAUUUGUUUGUUUGUUUUUAGCCUCACCUCAUUUUGAGUGAAUCAUGAUUGUGUAUACUGAAAUGGCUCAGUAGUAUUUUAAAAAUAAAGAAUUAUUUGCAUUGUCUCA